GCUCCUCCGUCUGAGCUGAUGACCAGGUGUCAGGAAUUUCUCAUCCUCUGGAUUUAAAUGGUGACUUUCCUUUAUACCAUUAAACCCGAUUACUAAGGCCUUGUCCACAAAUGGGAAUUUACCCAUCCCAAGGCGUGUAUUGUAUUGUUUUACUAAUGGCAUAUGACGUGUUGUUAUUUUACUCAUCACGUUACAUAAUACUGUUACUUUAUAUCAUUACUAGGUCAUACUGUAUGCAUAUUAGAGGAGGCAAGUUAUGUGGAGUGCAGAAGUUGGACAUACGCCCUCUUGUGGUCAUUAUGGAGAAGAUGCAUUGUGUUUGAUGCUGCAAUAAGAUUUUAUGUUUUCCAAAGCCCAAUACCCAGGAGAUAACAAUGUACAUGUUUAAAUAUACAAAUCAAUAAGCAGACAUUAUGGGAACAGCUUUAAUAUAUUUAUUUCCCAGGUACCGCGGGGUGUGUGCUCUGCAGUGUGUAUUCCGGGUACCAGACGGGCUCUGAAGAAAGGCUCUCACGCCUGCUGCUCUGACUGUAUCCCGUGCUCAGAGGGGGAGAUCUCCAAUAUGUCUGACAGUGAAAACUGCGAGAAGUGCUCUGAUGAUGAAUGGCCUAAUGAGGAAAAAGAUGUUUGUGUUCCCAGAAUAUUAGACUUUCUAUCAUACAAGACAGACAUGAUAGCGAUAGCAUUUUCUGCACUAUCUGUCCUAUAUUUUAUCUUAACCAUCUUUAUAAAUGGAAUAUUUGUUUCAUUCCGGGACACUCCAAUAGUAAAAGCCAAUAAUAGAAACCUUAGCUUCAUUCUUCUCAUCUCCCUCGAACUGAGCCUACUCUGUGUGCAUCUGUUCAUCGGCUGUCCAGUGGACAUCACCUGCUUGCUACGCCAAAUAUCUUUUGGAAUACUAUUCACCAUUGCCGUGUCUUCUGUUCUGGCCAAGACUGUAAUGGUUUGCAUUGCUUUCAAAGCCACUAAACCUGGAAGCUCCUGGAGAAAAUGUCUUAGUGUUGAAUUGCCGUAUUCUGUAGUGUUCAUCUGCUCAUCUGUCCAAGUUCUCAACAGUGCUAUUUGGUUGUCAGUUUCUCCUCCCUUUCAAGAAUAUGAUAGGAAUACUUAUCCUGGGAUGAUUAUCAUCCAAUGUAAUGAGGGUUCUGCCCUUGCCUUUUAUUUCAUGUUGGGUUACAUGGGGUUUCUGGCAGCUCUGAGCUUUAUUCUGGCUUUCAUGGUGAGAACAUUACCUGACAUCUUUAAUGAAGCCAAAUACAUCACCUUCAGCAUGCUGGUGUUCUGCAGUGUUUGGGUCUGUGCUAUACCAGCCUACCUGAGCAGUAAGGGGAAACACAUGGUCACUGUAGAGAUAUUUGCCAUUCUGGCUUCAGGCAUUGGAGUAAUGAGCUGUAUAUUUUUCCCUAAAUGCUACAAUAUUCUACUGAGACCUGAAAUUAACAGUAAAAGACACCUCCUAGGGAAAGGAUAAUUGUAGAGCUAAUUAAUGUUUUGGUCUUUUUAAAUUAUAAAUGAUAUUCUUCUCUUGUAGUGAACAUUUAUAUCUAUUUGCAGCAGGUAACAAUAAGAAAAUACACUUUGAGGACUAAAGUGAUGGGACACUCCCGCGCUAGCAAAAUAGCGUGCUCCUGCUGCAGACACAUGUUUGUGAAGGUAUAAAAUGGAGAAAACCAGUAUAGAGAUGUUCUCGAUAACUCUAUGCUCCCUACAUUGUGCCAGUUCUACUGAAAUUACAAAUGUUUUAUCAGGCGACAAUGCUACCUGUCAUGUUUCCAGGGUGAUGCUGGGCUGGUAUACAGAAAAUGUGGUCACCUGAAUGGAGUGGCCAGCUCAGGGUCCAGAUCGUAACCCUACUGGGAACCUCUGGGAUAAGUUGGAAUGACGUGUGUGUUCUAGGUCGACUUGACCUUCAUUGUCACCAUUGGUCACUGUCCUUAAGGCGGAAUGGCAAAACAUACCGCCUGCUGUUGUCCAGGAGCUUGUGAACAAUUUGCCAAGCAGGGUGUCUGCAGUAAUCACUGCACGUAGUGGACCUAAAAAGUACUGAUGCCAAUAAAAUCUCGCUGAUCUAUCCGCCGUCAGUGUCCAAUCACUUGUGUCUACAAUGUAUAUAUUAUUACAUAGCUUUUUGUAUUUGAAUGUUAUUAAUAUAAUAAGAAGUGCUAAAUAAAGAG